AUGUCUGUGAACGACCAGGUCUUAUAUUACGUCGCCCAGUUUGAUAAGGAACUCUCUAAAUUCCCAUGGGCCAUUGAAUUGGAAAAGAGAACCAAAGUGCCAAAGACUUACCUUGUUGGAGGUGCUGGUGCUGUCUUGGCUGUCCUUAUCUUCUUCAACGUCUGGGGUAACUUGUUGACCAACUUGAUUGGUUUCGUGUACCCAGCAUAUGCAAGUUUCAAGGCCAUCGAGUCUCCAAACAAGGAAGAUGAUGUUCAAUGGUUGUCAUACUGGGUCGUCUUUGGUCUCCUCAACGUUCUCGAAUUCUUUACCGACUUUUUGUUGUUCUGGGUUCCAUUCUACUACUCAUUCAAGACUGCUUUCGUCGUCUACCUGUUGUUGCCUCAAACUAAUGCAAGUCUUGCUGUUAAAGGUGCCGCCUUCUUAUACCAAAAGUUUAUUCGUCCUACUUUAUUGAAGGAACAAACUCACAUUGAUGCUGGCUUCAACAAAGUCAAGGCAAAGGCUGCUCAAGCAGUCAACGACAUGAACAAAUCAGAAUAA